GGUGUGUUCUGUAAGUGUGGGUGUGACUGAAGAUUUGACGAGUUGGUCUCACCGGUGGAUAUUUUUAGAGGACUGCAUUAUCUCAGAGACAUUUCUAGCAAGUAGCUACAUACACCAACUGCUACCAUCAUGCCUGAAACUGCAGAAUCCCAUUCUGCUACUUUAACCACCAACCGCAACUGCACCAUUGAGAUCACCAAUGUUAGCUCAAGCUACUGUCUGGUGAACCCUAAGGUCUACAUGUCCAGUGGCUACACCUACAACCCCCCUCAGCCCACCGUUCGGACCAUGAAGACCGAGGUGUGCUCCUUCACCAAGGACGACGACACAGCAACCGGCUCCGUGGGCGUGCUCACCUACGAGCUCUUCGACAUGCGCACCCGCGGCUGCAACGAGCUGGUUGCCAUCAUGUUCUCGGUGCCCUAUGAUUACAACAUCUACAAGAACUGGCUGGGGCUGGGCUUCUUCGAGCACACGCGCGCCUGUGACGAGAAGCUCUACAAACACAUGUACUACGAGAAGGACUUUACCAACUUCCAGCGUCACGAGGCCGUUGGCUCGGGAGUGCACUACGCGGGGAGGAUGGUGGACGUGAGGGCAACCAUGUCCAACAUAGGCAAGGCUAUCAUCAAGCUGGAGCUGUACGACAAGAUGGGUAGAUAGGUGAAUGGUGUGAGAAAAACAAGACGUCACAGAUGUCAUCCUCAUGUUGAACAACACAGAUUUUGCGAUACAGACCUACAGGGUUGCCAAGAUGUUUUGUCUUGCUAGAUUGUCAAAUGCAUUGCACUUUGCUUUAUUCUGUCCAAAUUCUGUGUAUUCCAAAUAAAAAUAUGGUGGAACUAA